UUUAAAUAUUGUUACAAAAGAUAAAGAAGGAAAAGCUGAAAAGAAUUUACUUAGGAAAAUCCAAGAAAAUCUAGACCAUAUUAGACGAUCUGUUUCAAAAAAGGAGGAACCCUGUGAGAGAGGAAACCGUGAGAAAAGAACCCAUGAGAGAAGAACCUGCAAGAGAAAAACCAGCGAGCAAAGAACCCACAAGAGAGGAACCUGUGAGAGAAGAACCCGUGAGAGAAGAACCCGUGAGAGAAGAACCCGUGAGAGAAGAACCCGUGAGAGAAGAACCCGUGAGAGAAGAACCCGUGAGAGAAGAACCCGUGAGAGAAGAACCCGUGAGAGAAGAACCCGUGAGAGAAGAACCCGUGAGAGAAGAACCAGCAAACAAAGAACCAGCGAGAGAGGAACCAGUGAGAGAAGAACCCACAAGAGAAGAACCUACGAUGGAGGAACCUGUGGAAGAGGAACCCAUGGAAGAGGACACCACUGAGGAGAUUGAGCCAGAUCUUAAAGAUGAGCAAACUGGAUUACUUGAAGAUGAAAAUGCACUUUCUUUAUCACAAAUGGACACAGUUGACAAUGCACAACCUAUCGAAUCACCAAACGUGCCUGAAAUCCCCGCACCAGAGCCAGAAGAUGGAAAAGCUGGUCCAUUAACGCCAGCAGACGAAGAUCAAGACACCCUUACGCCCGAAACAGUGCCUCUGGAGUCCACGCCUGAACCCGAACCAGUCUAUAGUGAAGAUGUGAUGCGAUUGCUCAUUCUGAGAGACCACUUAUCUCAGGAGAAAAUGGAGCGCUGUCAUAAUUAUUUGGGACUCAAGAAUCUGUUCAAACUAGAAGCCAUGCUCGAAGACUUGGAGACAGAGCUGCAAUCAACGCGGCAGUCGCAAAUAGGCAGCGUCCAGGAGAUCGAAAACGCGUUGGAAAGGAUAUUGGAAGCCAGCGAAAACGCAAUCCUGGAUGAAGUGGAGAAGAUUUUGGACAGUCGGGAGUCGAAAUACAGCGACGGGGAGCACGUCGGGUCGAACAUAGACGAGGAGACGGAGAUUCUAGAUGACUUCCAGGAGAUCGCCUUCAGUUUGAGGCACAAGUACUCCACGGCUAGUGACAGUACACCUCUAGCGGAAGGGAUGCAAGAUGAUGGACCAGAUGAUCAAGAAUUGAAUGUCAACGAAAACGUGCCUAUUAUCAACAAAGCUACGGACAGUGUAAACUCCACAGAAUCCGAGGAGGACCAGAACCUCACACUCACUCAUCCGGAGAAGCUGGUCCCAGAAGCAGAGUCUAAAAAACCAGAGGAGAUAGUUUUGGAUCAAGUUCACGGCACAGUGCCAGAUGUGAGCGUGGAGGAGGACGGAGGGCACUUUAACAGGAACCAAGAAGACAAUCAGCAGAGUUUUGGCACAGCAGAGGAAAUGGCCAAAGUCCCUCAGGCCACGCUGGAGAACCCUCUAGACAUGGGGCUGGGGGUCGAGGUGGACAAUUCACCUUCAGGACCUUUGGACUCCCUGGAGCCCCCCACUGAGUUUCACGAGGACGAAGGGGGAGUGUUUUCUACAGCACUUGUUUACCUGGAGUGCGUCACUGCGAUGGUCAAGAAUAAAACUGCAGAGUGGGCUACUGUGAUGAUAGCUCUUCUGCCCGAUGAGUGGAGACCAGGGGAGACGCUGCUGGGCUGUCCAUGGGAGGCCGUGGUGGUCACCGCUGUGGUCGGGAUCCUGACCUUCACCAUGUUCUUCUGGAAGACCGUGUUGGCUGUCAAGAAAAGGGAGUAUCUUGUGGAUCAUAAAAAACUUGAGGAGCAAAUGGAGUUGUUGAAAAAAGAAAAGAACGACGCCUUGGCUAAAAUAACAGAACUACAGAAACAGUCUGAACAACUAAAAGAAAACCAGAAAGAGUCUGCAGAAUCGGCCACUACAGCUCUCAAGAAGAUGCGGGCUCUAGAGAAAAGAGUAACAGAAGCUGAACGGCAAAAUGAAGAAAUGGCCCAGGAAAAGCAGACAUAUUUAAAACAACUAGAAGAGGAAAGGACGAGCUCUCUGAAAAACGAAACACGGCUCAAAAAAUUAGAAAAAUCCAAUGAGAAGUUGCAGCAAAGCAGAAAAAAUACCCAAGAAGCACUGGCAAAGACUACUGUUCUCCUGGACGAGGCAAAGAUCCGUGAAGAUGCCAGAAAUGCCCAACAGAAAAGUUUAGAGAAAAAUUACACAGCCCUAAAAGAAGAGAAUAAAUCUCUUAAGGCGACGAUUAAAAGCUGGGAGGACAAGCACACUGAACUCAGUGAGAAGAUUAAAGUUUACCAGAAAUCCCAAAAGGAGCUUGAAGACUCUUUGGUGCUUAAAGAUCACAAUAUAGAGGUUUUGUCGGACCUCCUGUCAGACUUGGACGCGUGCGAUAUACAGAAAGGAGAUAAAGUUUGCGCGAAUGGAGAAUUAUCUAUUGAUAAGACAACAGCCAUAAAGAACAGAAUAAAGCAGAUGAUGGAUGUUUCAAGGGUCCAGACCACUCUCACAGUUGUAGAAGAGGAACGAGACAGAUUCAUGUCCAAACUACUCACUGAAGAAAAGGCCAGAAAAUCAUUAGAAGAGCAACACCGGGAGCUGGAGUACGCCAUAGCCACCCUCAAAAGUGAGAAGAGCCUCGUGGAAAACCAGUACAAGGUUCUUCAACAGAAGAAUGAAAUCAUAGUGGAGAUGUACCAGCAGAAGGAGAGCGCUCUGCAACAGAGACUGACUAAAGAGGAGAUGGAUCGGCGCAGUAAGGAGAGCAUGCUGACGGAGGUGGGAGGGAAGGCCACCGAGGCAGAAGAGCAGGUCCGAGUGCUCCGACAGCGCAUCAAUGAGAUGGAGGAGCAGAUGAAGAAAACAGAAGAGAUGUACAAGGAGCAGAUAAAAGAACAGGAAAACAAGACUCACUCAAACUGGAUAACUGCAAGAAAUGCUGAACGGGCUCUCAACCAGGAGAAGGUGGAAGCAUCAAAACUACGAGAAAAAUUGACACUACUCACAACACAGCUGAACGAAAAGCGCGCCCCUCUCUUCAGACCAAACUCGGGGCAGUUCGCUGGACCUCGUCAGGGUGAUUCCUACGGACCGUCUCCUGUGAGUGGGGGAGCACCGUCUCCUCCGAUCAUGAUCGAGGGACCCAGGCGCCCUCCCUCCGCCCCGGUGGGUCGCAAAAUAGACCAGUAUGGCCCCAGACCUCCGUCAGAUCCACACGGACGUUACGCUGACAACAAGCACAUGUCUGGAAUGGAGAUGAUGGGUCCUCGUAACUCCUCUCCUGCCAACGUGGACGCCCCUAUAAAGGCUGAAGGGCCGGUUUCCUCUGAGAACCCAGAGCCUGGCCUCGGCUCGUUCAUCGCGUCUCCCAUCAGAGACUCUCCAGGCCUCGUCCCAGGGCCUCCUCCUGGACCUGGGCCCCAUGACCCCCUCCUCCCUCCAGGCCCUCCGGGUCCUCCAGGACGCCUGCCUCCUCCUGGAGCAUACAGACCUAUGCGUCCUGGGCCGUACCCCCCACCUGGGCCGGGCAUGUACCCUCCCCAUGGGCCGGGCAUGCCACCUCCUCCCCACGGGCCUCCACUGCCAGCCAAUGGACACCCAGGAAUGCCAAUGGGUGACUUUGGACCCCGUCCCUCUAAUGGACAUGCUUUUCAGCCCAGACCUGGUCCUGUCCACAUGGACAUGCGGGGCCCUCCUCCACCACACCUCCGUCCUCCUCCACACUACGGCCCUCUGCCUCCUCCACAUGUUCUACGAGGGCCCAUGGGACCUCAUCCACCCAUCCACCCCGACAUGCGCUACCCAGGGCCCCGGGCCAGCCCCCCCAUGGACCUGCCCCCAGGAGCGCUCCCUCCAGGUGCCCAUCCCCCUGGACCUCCUCCUCCAGGUGCUCUUCCUCCUGGAGUCCCUCCUCCAGGCUCCCACCCGCCGCACAGUGGCCCCCACAGGCAGCCCCCUCCUGAGUCCCUCCAAAACCCCGGUGCUCACAGUAAACCAGGACCAGAGAGUCCUGCGGAUGCUCCGGGUGCAGAUGGGAUCGAGCCUUGACCUCACAGCCGGUCUGGCCCAGGACUGAAUUCCCCUGAGCCCAAACCAAACAGCACAUGUCAGUGUCACAGCCACAGGGUCAGACCCCAGAGCUCCUCUUCAUCACACAGAGCCUCUCCUCUUCACACUGAGCCUGGUCAGAGCCACAGCAGAGCCACUGAGGGGCAGUGUUGUUCCCAUGUGCACUAAUAAACCUCUUCUGCUGUGUCUCUGCUAAAAUCAUUGUUUGACCUUCAUUGGGCGACUCCCCUUUUAUUUGCACCCGUCUUUAAAACCGUGCACAUGAAUUGACUGUACAAUAAUUUCACCGUUUGCGUUUGGACCUUGGCAGGAUUAAGUCUGAAAUAAAAGAGGGAACCCGCAGCUUCAUGUGCAAUAACCACUCAUACACAUUAUUCUCAUUUUAUCUUUUAAAUUGUAUAGAACGUUAAUUUUUAAGGGGCAGUUUUAAUGUCAUUUCCUGUGGAAAUUAUUUUUAAAGGGGAUUUAGCUUGGAGCAUUUCAGGAAAACCAUACUUUCCAAACUUUGUUGCUUGAGAAUGGACUGUAAACAAAUGUGCAAAUCGAUGGCCAGAUGUAUAACUUAUUUUACUAUGUUGGUAGAAGUUUUAAUAAUAAAGAAUGUAAAAGA